CUGGUCUGCUCGUACUGUAAACAGCGCUGUGUGCGCGUCGCUGCGCUGGAGUCUAGGGGAGAGACAGGCACGGGUAAGAGGCUCCGAACAAAGAGGGUUUAAUAAAGUUGGAAGUAAAGGACGAUUGUGACAGAGGCUGGAGGAUAUUAAGAGGGUAACAUCAGCAAUUGGUGGUGUCCUCCCAUCUCUCCCCUAGUUCUUUCAUGCACGCAGACACCGUCACCCAUUUCAAAUGUGCCUCUUCUAACAGUCCCAUCAGCAUCAACUAAACCAAGUUCUCAUUACCAAAGAGUUGUAACCACAAAAACACAGUUCAGAAACGCAGUUGUAUACGUUCACACACACACACACACACACCAGCAUUUCAGCAUUCCAAAGCAACAUUAUCCUGAAAAUAGUUCAACUGAGCCAUAGGUUGUUGCAUAAACACAUCAUGGCCUCUGUCACCAAAUCUUCCACCCCCGAGAUCCCCGAUAAUCACAAGGAGAGCUGGCUGGCGCUGCUUGCUGCCGCUGAGGCUUACAGUCAGACGUCCGGUUGUGAUUUGGCUAUUUUGACUGCGUAUAAAAAGUUCCGUCCCUCCGGGAUCGAACUGGAAGGAACGAGGAAUAACGAAGGGGGCGGAACUUCUGGAAGCAGGAAGUUUGAUUAUGCUUAUCACGUUUGGGGACAAGGGGCACUGGCUGAGUCGUCACGGCGAUACAUGGAUGACAUCGCAGUUCUGCACUCCACCACUGUACUGACGGCACAGAGACACAAACGUCUGAAUACAGUGGAGGGAGGUGCCAAACUGGGAGUGGAUGUGCCAUCUGACAGGCUGAGCUUGACUGGGGAUGGAGUUGGGACUGUUAGUCCCAACAUGAGGCUCUAUUCUCAGAGCUACCCGUCAAUCUACAGCUCAACUGCUGCCUUCGGCCAGCCAGGUGGUCAGCAUGGGAAUGGAGAGCGUGAAAGGGAGAAAGCGGCCAUGGAGGAGCGUGAGAAGGCGAGAGAAAGAGCGGAAAUUGUGGACUUGGAUGAAGAGGAUGAGGAAGAAGAGGAAGAGGAAGAAGAUUUGGAUGGAAGGAGACGUAACCUGAAUGAAUCAGCAGGUGUUUUUUCAAUGGAUGAGGAUUCUCUGUCCCGGGACUGUGAGCCCUUCUUUGAGUCUGAUGGGGAAGAGGAGAGCACUGAUGGCUCUCUGAGUGAGGAAGCCCCUCCCCCUCCUCGUGGCUUGGCAGUGGGUCACCUUUCAUCACGCUCGUCCAACCCCAUGGCAAUGGCUCGUUCACUGCCUGUGUCUGUACCAGUGUGGGGCUACAGGAACAACCAUACCCCUCAGGGCGACUCCCAUAGUGGAGAACGGGUGGGCUGUGCAGACCUGGACCACAUAGCUGCCAGUAUGAAAGCCCUACUGGUCCCAGGAGCCACAGAUGGAACAGAGAUGUUUGGAGCACUGCCUCGACCUCGCCUUAACACGGGCGACUUCUCUCUUAAGCACUGAGAGAAGACCAAUGUUUGUAUGUAUGUUUGAGUGUGCAUGAGAACGAGCCGUGAGCUUGUUUGUGUGCGAAAGUGAUUUGAACAGAACCGGAGAGUUUAACAGACACAAGGUUUGAUGGAUGUUUUUAGUAAAGAUGUUGCCAAAUCUGAAGCUUCUCCUGCAUAUCAUUAGUAUUUCUAUGGCGCUGAAAGUGGCAAAACCUUUACCAAACCUGCAGAAGGAGGAAAGUUUUGAUUAGCAUGUCUUAAUUGGAGAAUUUCUUCUGGCUUUGACUGGAAUGGCUGUGGCAGACUUUUGUGCAUUUCAUUGAGAAACACUAACCAAGCAAAUGUACAUCAUUGCAUUACUAAUCACGCCCAGUAAUUGUCCUCUGCAGUUUGGGAUUUACUGAUAGUAUAUGAGCGUAUUUACACACUGAGACACUCGCACAUCUAUCACCAGAGGAGCAUUGUACAUUAGCAAACACUACAUGUUCAUGGAAAUGGAGCUACUGUGAAUUCAGUAGUGUAUAUUCAAUGGCAGGAUUGCCAAAGCUGACUAGAUGUUAAUGUGAAUGCUUGCAAAUGAUGUCACUCUCUUCCUGUGCACACUCACUUUUAUUUCCAAUACUGUCCUGAAGACUUUCUACAGCAAUGCAUUGUAAAGGACAAUGAGAGGACAAAGCUUUGAAAAAACACCAAUGUUUGGGAUUUUUCUCCAUCAAAUUACAUGUUUCUGCAUUAUAACUGAUUAAUGUGCUAGUAAUGGAUAUGAAUGCAGAAAUAUGAAUUGUAUAAUUGUUGAUUGGUUUGAUAACUUCUCUAAAAAAUCUUUCUAGACUGAAGGAUGUGUCAAAUAUAAGGGUUUACAACACUACAGAUGUCAACCAGCUAUGUGUUCAUCUUAAACAUUUCUCAACUGUUCAAUGUUUAAGUAAAUGAGUUUUGAAUAAAAGUUGUUUGUUGUUGAA